CGUCACAGGAAAUAUCUUGCUUCGAGUGAAUUAAAGUUGCACAAACGCAUUCAAUAUGAUGUUGGAAACUCUUUCGAGAUUUAUUAAGGUACAGCUUCCAGCCUACCUCAAGAAGUUGCCCCUGCCAGAAACGAUCGGAGGCUUUGCGAGACUCACCGUUUUAGAGUGGCUGCGCCUGCUUCCUUUGCUAGGAGUUCUAGCCCUGCUGGGCUAUAUUUCCAUCAGGCCUUUCUUGCCCAGAAAGAAGAAGCAGAAGGACUCUCUCAUCAACCUGAAGAUCCAAAAGGAAAACCCCAAAGUGAUUAAUGAGAUUGACAUUGAAAAUUUAAGAUACCCAAAUGUUUGCUACUGCAGAUGCUGGAGGUCCAAAACGUUUCCUGUUUGUGACAAAUCACACAUAAAGCACAACGAGUUGACUGGAGACAACGUUGGCCCACUUGUGCUGAGGAAGAAGAUCCUCUGAGCUGAGAGCAUAACAGGUGCUCUCACUGCCUUUCAUCAAAAAGAAGCCACAUUUUUUUGUAACACACAGAUUUUGCUCAUUCUCCUCAUCCAACCUGCUGUAUUUUGCCUCCUGUUUGGUCCUUUAUGUGCCUGUUAUAAGUGUUGCCAUGUUGUGCUAUGGUCAUGUGGUGUGAAGAAUAUGUCUGUCACACAUGCAUUUGCUGGAACACAAGAUCAGCUACUUGUCUGUUUUAUUUCUUAUAUUCUAAUGUUAAUACUAAUCUGACUUGUGCAAUAUAACUGGACCACAGUGACAUUGUCUUGCAAGCUCUGUGCUGGUACAAGUGUCUUUUUAGUCACCUCAUUUUUUCAUCAGACGGCCUCAGAGUUUGCUGGUCGCCUUCGGCAGCUCACAGCUUUUCAGCCCCGGUCAUCAUAAGGGUUGGAUUUUGCUUUAAAAAAAAUCUACUAAACUUUAAUGCCGUACAUCGUUGGGAUUAUGUUUUGAACAGUAAUUUUUUUUUUCUUUGUUACCUUUGUCAUGUCUUCAUUUAGUUGUCAACCACGGUGUUACCGAAACAUUAAAUUAUUUAUCAAUUGUCAGAUACUUGCUAUUCUAGCUAAAUAUAUUUCCUGUUAAAAGGGCUAGAGACAGGCACUUUAUUCUGAGAUUUAUAUAUUUUCAUAAAUGUAAUAUUCAUUGUUUGAAGCUGUCAGACCACUAAAUCUCAGUCUAUAUUUCUGAAGACAUGUAGUGUGACACCACAUGAUGGAAUACUCUUAUCCACACCAUGCUGUGAGAAGCAAACCACGAUAUACAACUCAUUCCCAGAGCUGGGUUCAGUUUGCAUAUGGUCAUUAGAUAUGUAAUGUGCCUAUUUUUUCUAAAUAAAAUAACAGACUGCUCAAA